GACUGCGGCGUUGCUGCUCGGGACGCAGCGCGAGGCCGGCCGGCCGGCAGGGGGAGGCGGGGGGCGUGGGGCAGCCCCGCCUUUCCCCCGAGGAGCCGCCAGGCAGCCAUAUUGCGGAGCUGUCUGCGGUGGCGGCGGCGCCUCUCGUCUCUCGCGGCUCAUCGCUCCCUCCACCGCCUCUACCUUCUUGCCGCAGCCGCGACACCCGGCGCCGCCGCGCAGCGCCCCGGCCACACGCAGGGCGGGAAGGAGCCGCCCACUCUCGGGAAGAACAGAAUUCAUAAAAGUGAAGAAUUUUUAAAGAGGGUGACAAAAAGAGAAGGAAAAUGCCGAAACCAAUCAAUGUAAGAGUAACAACAAUGGAUGCUGAGCUGGAAUUUGCCAUUCAGCCCAACACAACUGGCAAACAGCUUUUUGACCAGGUGGUGAAAACGGUUGGUUUGCGUGAAGUCUGGUUUUUUGGGCUGCAGUAUGUGGACAGCAAGGGCUAUUCUACGUGGCUUAAACUAAAUAAAAAGGUGACACAGCAAGAUGUUAAAAAAGAGAAUCCUUUGCAGUUCAAAUUUAGAGCUAAAUUCUUUCCUGAAGAUGUUUCUGAAGAAUUAAUUCAAGAAAUAACCCAGAGACUUUUCUUCUUGCAAGUUAAAGAAGCUAUCUUAAAUGAUGAGAUAUAUUGUCCACCAGAAACUGCAGUUCUUUUGGCUUCCUAUGCUGUCCAAGCCAAGUAUGGAGAUUUUAAUAAAGAGAUUCAUAAGCCAGGCUACCUGGCUAAUGAUAGACUCCUACCCCAGCGUGUUUUGGAACAACACAAACUGACAAAAGAACAGUGGGAAGAAAGAAUACAGAACUGGCAUGAAGAACAUAGAGGAAUGCUAAGGGAAGAUUCUAUGAUGGAAUACCUGAAGAUUGCACAGGAUCUAGAAAUGUAUGGAGUCAACUAUUUUGAAAUAAAAAAUAAAAAGGGAACUGAAUUGUGGCUAGGUGUUGAUGCUUUGGGUCUGAAUAUUUAUGAACAUGAUGACAAGUUAACACCUAAAAUUGGUUUUCCCUGGAGUGAAAUCAGAAAUAUUUCAUUUAAUGACAAAAAAUUUGUUAUAAAGCCGAUUGACAAAAAGGCACCUGAUUUUGUUUUUUAUGCACCUCGUCUGAGAAUCAAUAAGCGGAUUUUGGCCUUAUGCAUGGGAAACCAUGAACUAUACAUGCGAAGAAGGAAACCUGAUACUAUUGAGGUACAACAGAUGAAGGCUCAGGCUAGGGAGGAGAAACAUCAGAAGCAGUUGGAAAGGGCGCAAUUAGAGAAUGAAAAGAAGAAAAGAGAAAUAGCAGAAAAGGAAAAGGAAAGAAUAGAACGUGAAAAGGAAGAGCUAAUGGAACGUCUGAGGCAAAUUGAAGAACAGACAUUGAAAGCCCAGAAAGAACUAGAAGAACAGACUCGAAAAGCUCUAGAACUGGACCAGGAACGAAAACGAGCAAAAGAAGAAGCAGAAAGGCUUGAAAAGGAGCGUCAAGCUGCUGAAGAGGCCAAAUCUGCUAUAGCAAAACAGGCUGCCGACCAGAUGAAGAAUCAGGAGCAGCUGGCAGCAGAACUUGCCGAAUUCACUGCCAAGAUUGCGCUUCUAGAAGAAGCCAAGAAAAAAAAGGAGGAGGAAGCUACUGAGUGGCAACACAAAGCUUUUGCAGCCCAGGAAGACUUGGAAAAGACCAAAGAAGAGUUAAAGACUGUGAUGUCUGCCCCUCCUCCACCUCCACCACCACCAGUCAUUCCUCCAACAGAAAAUGAACAUGAUGAACAUGAUGAGAAUAAUGCUGAGGCUAGUGCUGAAUUAUCAAAUGAUGGGGUAAUGAACCAUAGAAGUGAGGAGGAACGUAUAACAGAAAUGCAAAAAAAUGAGCGUGUUAAAAAACAACUCCAGGCAUUAAGUUCAGAAUUAGCCCAAGCCAGAGAUGAAACCAAGAAAACACAAAAUGAUGUUCUUCAUGCUGAGAAUGUUAAAGCAGGCCGUGAUAAGUACAAGACUCUGCGACAGAUUCGGCAAGGCAAUACAAAGCAACGUAUUGAUGAGUUUGAAGCAAUUAUGCGGGCCUCUCACUGCUGUGGCCUCUCCCGUCGCGGGGCACAGGCUCCGGAUGCACAGGCCCAGCGGCCAUGGCCCACGGGCCCAGCCGCUCCGCGGCAUGUGGGAUCUUCCCGGACCAGGGCACGAACCCGUGUCCCCUGCAUCGGCAGGCAGACUCUCAACCACUGCGCCACCAGGGAAGCCCUUGGGUUUGUUUUUGUGGGGACCCAAACUGUAUGCAUUGUUCCAGAUGCGUUCUUGCCAAAGCAGUAUAAAGCAAAUGUAACAGUUAGGAAGAAGGCUCCCUCCCUCACUGGGUCCCUGGCAUCUGACGCACAUGGCGAGCUUUAGGAUAAGGUCGUACUAAGACAUGCCUGAUGUUCUGAAUGUCUGUAUCCCCCAAAGUCCAUAAUCUCAGCUGAAACCCGAUGGAUGAAUGUUCCCUCAAUCAGGGCUCUUGUUGGUGGUUCUUUCCACACCUCGGUCGACUGUUGGUUUUCCCUUUCUUGCUAUUCUGUCUCUCUCCUCACCUCUCUCGAUUGCCUUUCCUAGGGACAGACCUUAGAGAGACGGGCCAGGACGUGGGAACUCGGCACUGCACCUGGCAGUCCUCAGCCAGCAUCCUCUGCAUCCUGUCUUCAAGGUACCAUCCCCGCAACAGAUGCCUGAAGGCCCAGGCUUCUGAGAACCCACUUGUUUUCUGCAUGACUAGCUUGUAAAGAGGGAUAUGCGGAGAGAAUUUCCAAGAACUUUCCACUUAAAAAAAAUGUAUGUGACUUAUUUUGGGCUUCGAACUGAGAGCAAAAUCAGUGGUAUGCAGCUCUGUUUCCUGGAACACAUCUGUGGCAUCUGGAGAAAUUGUUGCAAUACUCCCUUUCCUGUCUGGGCUGUUUGUAUAACUGUAUAUAUAAAUGUAGCAAUAAAUAUAUUCUAACAUCA